ACAGGGAAAACUCACCUCCUGCAUGCAGCGUUUCAGUUUGUCGAAAUCAUUUUUUUAAGUUAGGUUAUAAUCGUAUGCAUCAAAUCAUACAAUUAAUUAUAAGCUAGUUUUUUAAGGAAAAAACUUAAAUUUAGUGAAUUUGCAGUGCGAAUAAAUUGAGAUUCCCGCAGACGAACACUUGGCGGAAACGAAAGUUACGUAUUGAAGUCGUGGCUUUAGUUCUCUAAGCUAAACAACCGCAAAGUGUGGAUAUAGCAUAUUCAAGCCCCUUCAGUAGUCGGAGCGAGUUUCUUCACUUAAGCUAGCUAUACUUUGCUUAAAUAACACUAACGAUAACAAACUAAGAAACUACUAGUUAAACUUCAUUAAGGUAUUAAAAAUACUAUAUUCGCUAAGAAAACCAGCGCAAAAACAACAGAAAAGUUUGCAGCAGCAACAGAAGAAGUAACGGCCUAAAAACGAUUUCAACAACUGCAACUAGUCCCCAGAAGAUCAUGGAGGAAGACGAGAGGGGAAAACUUUUUGUUGGCGGUCUUUCAUGGGAGACGACGCAAGAGAAUCUAUCGCGUUAUUUCUGCCGUUUCGGAGAAAUUAUUGAUUGUGUAGUAAUGAAGAACAACGAGAGCGGACGUUCCCGUGGUUUUGGUUUCGUUACAUUUGCAGAUCCUGCAAAUGUGAACCAUGUACUUCAAAGCGGUCCGCAUACACUUGACGGACGAACAAUCGACCCGAAACCAUGUAAUCCACGCACUCUUCAAAAACCUAAAAAGGGUGGCGGCUAUAAAGUUUUUCUUGGUGGUUUGCCGUCCAAUGUAACUGAGACGGAUUUGCGUACAUUCUUUGGACGCUAUGGCAAAGUGACUGAGGUUGUUAUCAUGUACGAUCAAGAAAAGAAAAAAUCCCGUGGUUUCGGCUUCUUAUCCUUUGAAGAGGAAUCUUCUGUGGAACAUGUCACCAAUGAACGGUACAUCAAUCUUAAUGGCAAACAGGUGGAAAUCAAAAAGGCGGAACCACGUGAUGGAUCGGGCGGUCAAAACGCUAAUAAUAGCAAUGUUAGUGGUGGCUAUGGAAAACUUGGCAAUGAAUGCAAUCAUUGGGGCCCCCAUCAUGCGCCUAUUAAUAUGAUGCAGGGUCAAAAUGGCCAAAUGGGAGGUCCACCACUUAACAUGCCAAUUGGAGCUCCAAAUAUGAUGCCUGGUUAUCAAGGUUGGGGAACUUCGCCACAACAACAAGGCUAUGGUUAUGGAAACAGCGGCCCUGGUUCAUACCAAGGUUGGGGUGCACCACCGGGACCACAGGGACCACCACCGCAAUGGUCGAACUAUGCAGCUGGUCCGCAACAAACACAAGGAUAUGGAGGUUAUGAUAUGUACAAUUCGACCUCAACUGGCGGACCAUCGGGUCCUUCAGGUGGUGGAAGCUGGAACUCUUGGAAUAUACCACCAAAUUCGGCUGGACCAACGGGAGCACCAGGCGCUGCUGCUGGAAGCGCUACUGAUAUGUAUUCACGCGCUCAAACAUGGGGUGCAGGUGGCCCCUCGACAACUGGUCCAGUAGGUGGCAUGCCGCGAACUGGCCCUGGUAACUCAGCGUCAAAAUCAGGCUCUGAAUAUGACUACGGCGGUUAUGGCUCUGGUUAUGAUUAUGACUACAGCAACUAUGGCAAGCAAGACGGCGGUGCUUCGAACUAUGGCGCCGGACCACGUUCAACGUAUGGAAAUGACAGUGCAACACAACCUCCAUACGCUGCCUCGCAGGCAGUUUAAGGCGCAUUAGUCUAGAUACACUUAACGCGUCCAAAUUGCAGCGUCCUCGCCGAAGUAGUGAACGUUGCCUUUCGGCCGUGUACAGUGAAACAAGAUUAAUUAUAAGCUUAGCGUCUAUUCAUUCAGUUCAGUUGUUGAAAUUAAUUACUAACUAUAUAUAUAUAUAUAUUACAUAAACAAAUACUAAAUAUAAAGUUUAUAUACAUACAUUACUUAUAUUGAGGAAAAAGGACAAAGAAAAACACAUAUGUGAAGGCAUAAAAAUAAAGCGAAGAGCAUUAGGCACUUAACAAAACAUACAUAAACACACUGCUACCAUCCAUUAUACACAGACAUUGACUAAAAUCGUAGCGUAAAAUUACAAGCAAAAAGUAAAUUCAUAAUUUGAAGAUAUUUAGCGAACAAAUCGUAAACUGUUCAUUAAUCUAGUAUAAAUUUGUUAGAAUGAAUCAACUGGUACAGCUAUAAGGAUAUAAGAUGAGACUGUAGGGGAAUGGGUAUAUGUAGUGGCGAUCUUAUUUUGAAUUAAUUAGGAGUUAUUUAUUUUUUGCAUGAAUUUGAUGAAUGAAUGCCCAAAAUAACUCGCUUUUAGGCACAAUACUACAAUAAUUUAGAUGGAUAUUUUUCGGGAAUACAUUUAUACUUAACGUGUUAUAAGUUGUACCUAAUCAUUUAAAUAAGCUAUUAGUGUAUAAGGAGUUGUUUUAUAUUUCGCUCCCCAGUAAUAUUUACUUUUAGUUCUCUAUGUUAGGACGUUUGUUAAACUGUAAAUUCGUUGCACAUCUGCACAUUUGCCGCAUUUAAAUACACUACAGUCUAACCUAGCUGGCAGUUCCAGUUGAUUUCUUUUAUUUCUUAAUCUCAAGAGAAUAGUAUUGUUGAACUACAUUAAAUUGGAUUUUGUGUGCAUAAAUUGUAUACACCAACACACAUCCACAUCCUUUUAUAAUUACACUUAUGGUUUGAUCUUUAGUUACAACUUAAAUUAUAAUAAUAAAAAUAGUAAAUUACAAUAAUAUUUAAAUUAUAUAUACAAACAUAUACAUUGCUAUAUCAAUUUUUGAAGUGUGUAAAUGAGUAAAAUUGAAUAGGUGAAAACGAAAUGUAAACACACACAUAUAUAUUCACUUUAUAUAUAACUAUGAAGAUAGAACAACAAGAAUUAUGUGUAGUAAUAGUGAAUUAAAGCGCCAAUAUAUAUAGAUGCAUAUACAUGUAUAUACAUAUAUUAUACAUACCUACAAACUUAGUUUACAUACAAUAAUUUAUCAAAAUUUUGAUGAAACAAGAGGACAAAAAAAGGAAAAAAGAACAAAAAUUACAUUUGAAGUUGAUAAGAGUAAAUAAACGGAAUGUUUUAAUUUAGAAAUAAUAUAUGUCAUCAAGUGUAUGAUGUGUAGUCUAUAUAUAGUUUAUAACUAUUACUACGAUAAUUACAAACGCAAUUUAAAUACGGUGUCCGCGAAAGUAAUACAAACUCUAAUAUAAAUAGUAGUGAACAUGCAAAAUGCCUGUACAUUUUUUCUUUUGGGGAAGUGCAGAUGACUUUGCUAAAAGUAUAGUUGUUUGAAAAAUAAGCUGCAUUUUUAUUUCAGUAAAAUUCAUAACGUCCUCGAUUUAAAAUUGCUACUAAACAUAAAUUUUUUCAAUGAAACUUUUUUCUUUCUAAGUUUAUUGCCGCGUUUCAUGUGAACUGUAAAUGCCUUUUUUAUGUUAGUUUCGCGACCCAGUUCCACUAAAUUCAAUAUGCUUACGAAUAAAGAUGUUACGAGGAUUAAGCUAAAUAAAAAAUAUACUGAUUCUAAUAUAUUUUAAACGGCAACAAAAUGGUGGUAGCUAGUGUUCACAAAUAUCACUGAUGCGAGCCUCAAACAAAUAAAAAAGCAAAAAUUAAACGCUAAUAGUAUAUUAUAACAAGAAAACCUGACGUAAUUAUUAAAUUAAAUAUAAAAAUACAAUAAAAAUAAAUUACUGUAAACACAAACAUACUUUAAAAGCCUACAUAACUAAAUUACAUUUAAAUGGAGAAUACAAGAAAACAAAAAGAAAAAAUACAAUUUAUUAUCUACCACAUACAUUUAAAUUUAUGUAAAAUUAAUCGUAACAUAAUGAUAACUAAUUUAACAAAACAAAAUAAGAUUACAUAUUUGAUAGAACGAAUGCUAAAUUACAAUUACAAAUGAAACAACUCUAAAUUUAAUGUACGCUAGUAUAAAAUUUUAACGUAAAACUAAAUUUAAAAAAAAAAAAAACAAAAACAAGCAACCACUUGAUGCAAAGUUAAAGUAAACGUAACGUAAAGUAAAAGAGGAUUAAACACAAAACCAACACACUGACUGUUAAUUGUAAAACAAUUUCUUUAAUGAUUAUGAUUUACUAUAAAUUUUAAAGUUUAAAUUUUAAUUGAAUAUAUAAAUAUAUACAUACAUAUAUAUUAAUAUAUACAUAUAUUUAAAUACAUGCAUACAUACUUAUUAUCAAAUAUCGUAACUAAAUGAAAUACUAUUUAACCAAACAUGAGUUUAAUGAAGCGGGAGGCAAGCAUAGGUAAUACAUAUGAGCCUUGAGGCAAAUCUUUGGUAUGUUAUAAUUGCAAUGUUAUGCUUUCGUAUUCAGUUAGCAAUAUUGACAGAUUAAACAAAAUAAAUUGAGGUGAAUUUCUGCUAAUAAAAUUUAAGUGCGUUUUAAGAUCAUUUUCUUUACAAGUUUUCACACAUAUACAUAUAUUAAGCUAGUAAUCAGGUGGAAACAAUAGCUAAUUACUACAAAAUGUCGAGAGUAAUAAUGUUUGGUAUGAAACAUGAGUUGCUUCAUUAUUCGGUACAAAUAAAUUCAAAAAGCGGAACGUUGUUGUACUUCAUAACUUAACCCAUUAUUGAAAGCGCGUGCACGUGACAUGAAGCAUAUGUAUUGGGGAUCAUUAACUAGAGUGAAAGCAGAGGAUUAAAAAUUAAUUUAAUUAACGGGAUUACAAAUUAAAAAAACGUUAAUGUAUUUUUUUUGCAUUAUUUGCAACUCUUUACUUUCAUAAUUCUCACAGUAUUUAUACGGCAGUGUAUUUUUAGAGAAUUUAUUUUUCAGAAAAUAGUUCAAGUAUCAAGUCGUUCAACGGUUUAUUCUUAUAAUUUUUAAUUUGCUUACAUUCACGAAAUAUAGAAAUUAAUAAAAUGUAUUUAGUACCGUAGCUGGUACUAACAAGUUGGAACUACAUUUCAAUAUACAUAAGUAUGUACAUAGCAUUAGCGGUAUUAGCGCUGCAUAAUUUGUUAUUUUAUACACAAAUAAGUACUAAAAUCUCUAUUAUACAUGAAUAAGAACUUUGCAUAAGAAAUGAAAUCCCUCUAAGAUAUAUACGUUUGUUUAAGAAAGAUUCUCUAUUACUUGUUUUGAACCAAAAAUAAACAUUAAUAUUGACACCCGCGUUAAAGCAGAAAUAACCAAACUUUUAGGUGAUAUUCAUAUACAUACACAUGCAUACUUACCGAUGAGCGUAUCCUGUACCGCUAUUUUGUACUUUUUAUAUCAUUGAGAAUUUGCUUACGAAACAAACCAACAACAAAUUUGACGACGAACGAAAUAAUAUAAUAGCGUUAGUAAUAGAAGUGUAUGAUUUUUUUCUAUUUCAAUUAAAAAUAUAAAUUAGGAUGGGGGGAGACAUUAGUUUAAAUACGAUUAAUAAAAAAGUUAGACGAAAUUACAAUUUCUAAGCAUUCGACAGUUUCUGAUUCAUUACAGUUUAUCAUACAUAUACUUAAUAACGAAUUGACUGAUUUACUAUUAAAAGUAAUAAGCAUAAGUGUUGUAAGAGAGUAGCAUGUACUACAAACGACAAGCUGUAUACAUUAGUAGUUACAAGAAUACAUAUAUAUAAAACAUACAGUUUUCAUUAUACGAAAUUCAUACAAAAUAGGUGUACCAAUAACAUAUAAUCACUGACUUGACAAGCAAAAACCAGCUACUUCAAUACGAAAAUACAUAGACUUAAGACAAAUUUGCAUAAUUCGGCGCUUGUGUGCAACUGUUUAAUCAUAAGUUCCACAUCUACAUUGCAGAAUACCAGCAAAGUGCUUGAUUAUUCAAAAUUUCAUUAUUUUUAUACAAUGAGUAGGGUACAUUAAGAUAGCUACGAAGUUUGUAACACCCAGGAAACGUUGGAGACCUUUAAGAUGUUUAUAUCAAUGAUGAGGAUGACCAGUUGUCCGUCUGUUUGUAUAUAAGCGUUCUUAAAUGUUAUUGAUGUGAAAUUUUGCAUACCUCCUCUUCUCUCCAAGAAGUCAUUUCUCUGAAACGCCAAAUCGGAAACCAUAUAUUAUAUAGCUACCAUACAAAGUGAACGAUCAAAAUAAAGUUUUCCCACGACAGUCGGGUCUAUGUAACCGAAUGGACCCGAAUCUUUAUUCGGCCAAGGAAUGUCGAACCGGCAACAUUCUUAUAAACAACAACGAUCAAAAUCAUGCUCUUCUAUGGACAAGUGUUUAUUUUGAUAAUACAUAUGUAUAUGUAUAUUCACGAAAUUUGUCAUGAAUUAUUGCCUAAAGCAACGUUACAUACAUACAACGUUAUACUGUCAUAUAAACUAAUCGAUCAAAAUUCAGUUUAUGUAUGGAAAACUUUUUCAUUUGAAAAUAUGUUUGUUACAAAAUUUGGCAAAGAUUGUUGUCCAAGACAGACAAUUUUCAGAUCGGACCACUAUAGCGUAUAGAUAUUGUUCAAAUUUUCAACGCUUCGGUGUAACGGAAGUUAACGGUUUUUCUCGUCUUUUUUUUUACAUUACACAGUAGAAGCAUGUAAUUAAAAAAAUAGGCCGGUAAUAAAAGCGUAUGACACUUUAUUAGUGAAUAUAAAACAUUUGAGGUACGAUUUUUAUGAAUAAAAAAUAAAGAUAUUAAUAAAAAUAUCCGUAUAAAAAAUAUUUGUGUAGAACUUGCUAAAGGCACAAAUAUAUACCUUAACACAUAGCUAUGAGUAUAAUUAAACUAAAAUAUAAAAGAGAAUUAAGUGUAAUCAAAACGAAGCAUUUCCCAAAAAAAAGAGAAAAACAAAUAAAAUAAUUAUAACCAGCAACAACAAAAACAAGCCCACUUAAAAGUUCAUAAUGUUUAAAAAUAAGAAAAAUAUCAGUUUGCAAAUUGUAAACCGUACAUAACAUAGAGAAACUGUAAAUUACAACAACCACAAAAAUCUCAAAAAAGUGAAGGUUAGCAAUUUAGUUUUUAAAAUUUAUUUCGUUUAGCAUGACAUAUAGCCAGCCAAGUGUUGAAGUGUCGCGUGGCUUCAAGAGAACAACAGAUGAUGUUUGACAACGAAGCGUUCGUUCCAUCUGUCCGUUUGUCGAUGUUAAAGCCGACGUAGCCGAAAUUGUUAGCCAAUGGGCUCGUUGUUAACGUUGCCAUUAACAUCGACUAUUCGCCUGCAAAAGAUUAAAAUAAAAGCCAAUUAAAAUAACAGUUAAGUGGAUAUAAGAUUGAUACCUAUUAUAAUAACAAUGCAAGCAUACAUAUACAUAAAUGUACUUAUAAAAUGGAACAACAUACUAUGAUAAUUCAUAUUCUCUUUUAAAUAAGAAUUUCGACAUUUUCGUACCAAAAUUAGUUAUUAAAAUUUUACAACAACAAAAUAUUUAAACACAACCAAUAUGAAUGAAAAUAGUGUUAAUGAUAAAAAACAAGUGCAGUUCGUAUGCUAGUAUCGGUAACAGUAAAACUGUUUGAAGGCAAUUUAGCAUAACUCAUUACAAUUUAAAAAUUAUGUACAUACAUACAUACAUACGCAUAUGUGUGUGUAUUUUUAAUCAUAUAAUCGCUGGAGAACAACACCCUUUAAAAAUGUUUAUUUAACGGCAUUUAUUCUUCGUAUUUGUUCGGCUUGAAGUACACAUACUCUUUUAAAAGUGAAUAUUAGCUUAAAACACCAACCCACUAAUUAUUUUGUGCGCAAACGAACACAGACAAGCGACUGCUUUUAAAAAAGAUUGAGCUAAUAUUUUUUAAUUUGGUUAUACAUUAUAGGUACAUAUGUUUUUGGAUAAUUAAGAGUUACUUCGUAUAUACAUACGUAGACACAUGUCAGUGAUUUAAGAUGAAUGUACGAAAUGUUUACAUAUGGUACAUAUCCAUAUUUACAAUUAACGCUAACGCUGAGGCUCAACAACCCACUUGCAUUAUUAAUGCCUUUUGGUAAUCUCCAUAACAGUUUUAUUAUGUGCUCAAUGUAGUUGUAUGUUUGUAUUAAAUGCAUAAUUUUCACUGAUUCCUUCUGCUAAGAAAUUCAAAGCCACUAUAUACUAAUAGUGCUGUCAUUCAAAAGGACUCAAAAUAACAAUUUGAAAGAGAAGCCUCUAAGGGUUCUAUUAUUCAGUUCGCAUACACAUAUACAUGUACAUUUAAAUUAACUAAUCUAUUAAUUUCACAACUCUCUUAAAAAAUUAAAUCAUUCAAGGUUGAAUUUUUUUAACUUACAAUUUUCGCACUAAAUAUUAAAUUUUAGUUAUUUAUUCCAAUUAUGGAAUUAAAAAUUUAAUUUUAUUAUUAAAUUAAAAAAUAAAAUUUUAAAUCGCAACAUCUUGGUUUGAAAUUUUUAGAAAUUUUUUUUUUAAUUUAAAGAUUCGAGUAACAAAUGAAAUAAUAAUUUUUCAAACUAAAAACUGAAAUAAAAACCUAUAUAUACCCUAUAAUAAAAAGCAAUCAAAUACAAAUUAGACAAAAAGAACAAAACUCAAUUGAUAUUUUAUGAAAAUCCGGUCUUAUUGAUCUUAAAAUUUAAAAUUAAAUUUUCGGAAUUAAAAAUAAAAAAAAUAAUUCAAGUUUUGAUUCAAUUUGUUUAAAGCAUUAUUUGCAACCCUUAUUAUCAUCAUUAUUAAUAUUGUCGUAAAAUUUUUUGAUAUUACAAACAUGCAGCUGGAUGUUAUUUUGUAUUAAAUUGUCAACACUUUCAUUCUUUUCAAGAAUUCACUGCUUUAAGAAAAUUUAAAAUUUAUUUUGCUACCCUCUUCUGCGAGUACUAAUCAACUUACUAAAUAUAAAUGCAGAAGAGUGUAAAGUAUUAGGAUAAAUACCGUUAAAUUUUUCCCCCAGCAAUGCACCCGCCGGUCUUAUAGCUAACUAUUUCACAUACUCAUAUAGCCAUCGAGAGUUGUUGUAUGUAUUAUGUAUGUGUAUAUCAAGCAACUUUAACAUCAAUUCAUCAUACAUUUAUAUAUUAUAGGUUAUAAUAUGGUAGUAACUUCAAAAGCAAAUAGAAAGUAACUCCAAAAAGUAUAUAUGCUUAUGCUAUAACGGUUUAACUCUGUUUUUAACGAAGUGUUAGUCACAGUUCGAUCUUCUUCUUCUUCAUCUGCUUACAUACAUACAUCGAUACAUUAAAUAUUUUUAGUUUGAAAAUUCGAAUUGUGUUUGUCAGUUGAUUACUUAUAAAUUGAAUUAUUUCUUAAUUAUAAUAUGAACACAGUGCCUAAGUAAUCAAAAUAUCUAUCAAGGACAUUGUUACUAAAUAUAAUAAUUGAAUUGUAAAAAGUUUUGACGUAAUAGGAAAAAAGAGUGUUAAAAAAUAAAAGCAACAAGUGGUAUGCAAAAACAAUUUUUUUUAUGAUUUAAAUCAUAAAUGAUGAAAAUGCGCUCUUUGAGUAUUAUAUAAUAAAUCCGUAAAUGAAUUCUGGUUACUUGAAAUGAUAUUGUUUAAUAAUGACAAAUGGCGGCAUCUGAAUAUGUAAUUGUUUAGCCACGAUGAGUAAUUAACGUUAGAAUUCAAGAAAAAGAAAAAUACAAUUAAAAAAAGUAGUAAAUAAUAUUCGCUGGCAUGUAUGUAUGUGUAACCUCACUAAACAUAUAGUUCUGUUGAUUACGUUUAAAGAAAAAAUACAAAAUAAACAACAUUAGACAACAUUAAAAAAUAGAAAAAAUAAAAUAAUAAUAACGGUAAAUAGAGUAUGUGAAACUGGUAAUGGUAAUAGUAAAAAUCAUAAAUACAUUACAAAUGAUUAUGUAUGUCAGUGUAUAGUUUAGUGAUUGAUUCGAUAUAAGCGUUUUUCAAUUUGUAAACCCCCAAGUCAGUUCGGAGAGUAAUAAGAAAUUACAACAACAACAACAGCAGUCACCGUAAAUUUUACAUAAGCGUUUUUUAAGAUUUGAAGUGCAAGAAAAACACAAAAUAGGAACAAUAAAUUCAAAACCAACCGACACGCUAUUCAAAACGACUGCAUGUAUAUACAUACUACCAUGCAUAAAUAGAUAUGUAUGUGUGUACAUGUUUACAACUAUAAGUAUGUAUCUUGUUACGUCUAAACCAAUGUAGUGAGACCAUAAUUUUUUGUAAGCGUUAAGCCACAAAUGUUUGAAGAAACUUUUUUAUUAAGUACACUUACAUACAUACAUACUUACAUACAUAUACAUAUAAAUUGUCUAUAAAGGACGUUUUCAUUUUAAAAUAUUCACAAAACAACUGUAUUUACGUACAUAUUAAUGUAGCAAUAUGAAUUUUGUUCUUUAAAAUAAAUAUAUACAAUACAUUUUCA